AUGGGAUAUUGCCGUAAAAAACAUAAAAGGCAACAUACCCGUAAAAUUACAACUACAAGAGACCCUAAUGUUAAAAGACUAUGUAUACAAUUUAAUCAAACACUAAAGGCCAGGCACAAAACUUGUUUCCUACGACCUGACAUUGGGCCCUGUCGUGCAGAUAUAAUACAAUGGUACUAUGAUGUCAGACAGAGUAAAUGUUACCGGUUCUUCUGGGGAGGAUGCCAGGGCAAUGGAAAUAGGUUUGACACAAAGAAAGAUUGCCAUGAUUACUGCUAUUUAGAUGUCCAUAAUGCUACACUUAAAAUACCAUACUUUUGUUCACUGACAUUUGACUAUGGUAGCUGUUUUGGGUAUUAUAAUCGUUGGGCAUGGGACACACUUUCUAAAACCUGCAGACAGCAUCUCUACUCAGGCUGUGGAGGUAAUCAAAACAACUUUCACUCAUAUGGAGAAUGUAUUGGAACUUGCCUUAUUCCUCCCAACAAUACAUUAAGUCGUGCUCAUGCCUUCACUACUUGUAUACCAGCUAUAAAUAUUCCCGAAGUGCAAUAAAUAAAUAAAUAAAAUA